AUGACAACCCUUAAAGGUGGUGGUGAUAAAACCUAUCGAGAAAACUGUCUUCCCGCGUCGGGUGAUAACUUCGUUAUUGACGAUAUUGGGUCAUCCCCAGCAAGGGAUUUACCCCCGGCUCAUAAUAGUGUCGGGACGAAACUAGGGAAUGACAGUUUUGGCCUGCCGUUGUACGUGCCGCUUCAAGAUUCAGGUCGGCCCGGUAAAAACAGCAGUUUGACUGUACCGUGGUCUUUGCGCAAAAGUGAUGGGAGAAAGGAAGUUAGGGUUUUAGAGUUUCUACGCUCUCCGCAGUUCUGGCGGCAGGUGGAGUUCGCUCUCCGUGUUACGUUGAUCGCUGUGUUUCCCUCGGUCGGGCUUGUCGUUGGAUUCAUUCCCCUCAAUAUUCUUGGGACGUCGACGUCCGUUCUUUCUGCUAUUGUCUUGGCAUCCAAGGUCACUGUUGGUGAGAUGAUUGCUUUCAUUUUCACAUGGUUACGCGCUGGCUGCAUUUGGUUACCUUUUGCAACGUGUGGGGUGGCGCUCGGCCUCGGCAACCAUAUCGGUGUGUGGUGUGCCUACUAUACGUUGGUGCUUUUCGUUAUCGCAACAUUCACAGAGAAUAUGGUGCGUAGGGUUUGUCUUUUGCUCUUCAACAUCUGCAUGAUUGGUCUCCUUGUGAAACCAGACAGUUCUUUGGUGUACCCUUCGCGUGUUAUGGCCGACUGGUGCAUUGGAACCCUUUUAUGCGCCCUGGCAGUGUUUGUACCGUACCCCAUCUUUUCCAAAACACGGGCGCAGAAGGCCCUCUGCGAGAUCGCAAAUUGCACCGGUGCUGCCUUUACAGGUAUGACGUCCUGUUUUUGGUCACCUUCUAAUGUUGAACGGAACAUGUCUAUGACAAAGGUACGUAUGCUGAUUGCAACCGUUGAUGAGGCAUUACAAACAUUCUACCUUGAACAAGACCAUUCGUUUUACGAGUUUCUAUUUGAUUCCGGUGAUGCACGGAGGGCGCGCUGGUUUAAGGCACAGUUGUUUGAGCGUCUUCGUACGAAUCUGAUCGCUCUCUCUCAGGUUCUUGACAUGGUAGAGGGAAGGCCAUGGGUGAUCGACGAAUCAGAGCGUUCUCUUGCGUUUGGCCAGCAUUUGUCCCCGCAUAUUAAAGAUGUCGCGGCAUCUGUUGACAAGCUCAUGGACGCACUCACCUCUGCCCACACAAUUAAGGCUGUGAGCGAUUUGGAUGAGCUCUUCACUGACGUAAGUGCGGCGACAAGGAAGCUUCAGCACGAGUUCAAUGCUGCACGUCUCGAUUUGUUUUACCAACACCGCCCCGAAACGCUGGAGGAAUUCGUUCCCUUAAUGACGUACUUUAUGUUUACUAUAAUUAAUUCGCACGACACUAUCUCGCAAUUUGGUUGUGAUAUGUCCAAGGUAGAGGUGUCUCGGAUGUCGUCUGCGAAAGUAGUUGUUGCGAAGGUCGUGUGGGAACCCUUUAAAGAGGAAAUCGAAUACGUGCUAAAGCUGUUCAGAACUUUUCGACGACGGGAGAUACAGCGGCUGAUUGAAGCAGCAAAGGUAAGUGCGGCGAUGAUAGCCACGGUUGGUUUCUCCCUCCUUAUUGGCGUUGACAAGGAGUCUCUUUCUGGUCCUAGCAUCAUUGCCUUCGUCUCUGGUAGCAAUCCCGUAGAGGCGGUGCAAGCGUCGGUGGUACGUCUCACAGCUUGUAUUUUGGGAACUGUUAUAGGUUUCUUUGCUGGUACGUAUUCCUCAACUCCAACAGACAAAAUUAUAUCCGUGUGCGUACUUAUGUUCAUUGGUACCUUCUUUCGAACUGACAAAGAUUACGGUAUAUUGGUUGUCUACGCAAUGUUCGUAUUAAUACCCUUGAACACAAUGGAAUCCACGACGACGGAGGACACCUUGUCUCGUAUGAACCAAAUCACCUUCGGUAUUCUCAUUUAUAUCAUCAUAAGCGCGGCUGUGUUUCCACUGAGCCCGAGUCUCAUACUUCGGAAGAAGCGCAUCAACAUCUUGAUCAGGUUUGGUGAGGCCGUUACAAAAUUGUGUGGUCUGUUUUCAAAACCACUGGCUACUGACUUACUUGCCGAUGGGAGCAACGAUCCCACAAGUAACGCUCCAGUCGGAAAUGAUAGUGUCCUAAGGUCCAACAUAUCGGCUUCAAGGGCCUUCACCUUGAGUUUCAGUGAGCGACUUAUUGUCUCGACGGAUAGCUGCAUGGAAGAGAUUGAUGCUCUGCUGAACGAGACCUCGCGGCGCCUUAAGCGCACGGUGCCAUUUGAGGCUUUCGCACGGAAGGAGCGCGGUCUGCUGUUCGUGCACUAUCCAACGAAGGCAUGUGAAAGGACGGCGUUUACUCUCAAUCGCAUGAUGGGGCUACUGAGGUCAAUGUGGUGUAGUUGGUCGAUUUUACGAAGUCAAAAGGCGUACACACCCGAGAUGCGACACAUUCUCCGCACACUGCAGCCCAUCGCACUGGAUGCCUCCAGUUCCUUUAAUCGAUUUGUAGACCUCAUGUGCUAUGCGUUGCGGAACCCCACUACGGCACUCCAAACUGAACUUAUGCAAGCUGUCUUAGACUUCAUGCAGUCUGUAGAGGAGUUGUGUCUACGGAAGAACCACAUCAUGAUUGCGGUUAUCACAAAGGCAGUGAAUGCGGAGUAUGGCAUGAAUAACUUAACUCAUGGGAAUGGUAAUAGAUCUCACCGCUCCGAAACUUUGACACCUCCGUGUGACGCGACCGGUUUGGCGACAUCGGAAUGUGCACGGUCUAGCGGAAUAAAGAGUUCCGCCCUUCCGCUGCUUCGAAAGAAAACCUUCAAUUCAAUAGACUCCAUGGGCAUCUCUGGUCAGAACAUUGUGUCGUUAUCGGAUAACUUCGUUAUGCCAAUAUCGGGAGAGGAUUCAGAGGGACUGCAUGCCUUGUCGUUGAGCCUUUCUAUGUUUUCGAAUGAUGCGAAGCUCCUUUUGAUGAGUCUCGAAGAAAUGUUGGAUCACAUGAGGAAAACCGCUUAA